GCGGCACGCACCUCCUCAUCCUCCUCCCCGUGCACCGCGCACGGUCGCCGCCGCCUCCUCCUCCUCCUCCUCGCUCCGUCUCUCUCCUCCCCCUUUCUCUCUCUCCCCUCCUCCUCCUCCCUCUCUCCUCCCUCUCGCACCACCACCACCACACACACGAGAGAGAGAGACAGCAUCACCAUCAUCACCGUCGUCGUCGUUGCCGCCGCUGAUGCCGCCCGUGCGCACACAGCAGCAGGAGCAGGAGCAAGAGCAUCAGUAGCAGCAUCAGAUACAGCAGUAGCAGCAGCAGCAGGAGGAAUAGGAAGAGCAGCAGCAGGAGUAGGAGCAGUAGGAGCAGCAGCAGGAGGAGCCCUUCUUCGCCAGAGGAGGACAAAAACGCGCGAGUGAAUGAACCACCCAAUGAUGCACCGCACGACGCGCAUCAAGAUGACGGAGUUUAAUCCGCACCUCAUCUGCGUGCUGUGCGGGGGAUACUUCAUCGACGCCACCACCAUCACCGAGUGUCUCCACUCGUUCUGCAAGACGUGCAUCGUCCGCUACCUGGAGUCGAGCAAGUUCUGCCCGGUGUGCGACGUCCAGGUGCACAAGACCCGGCCACUCCUCAACCUCAGGUCCGACAAGACUUUGCAAGACAUCGUCUACAAACUCGUUCCCGAUCUCUUCAAAGGCGAGAUGAAGAGGAGGAGAGACUUUUACUCAGCGCACCCUGCGGCUGACGUCGGCUCCAACGAGGCGCGGGGAGAGGUGGCGGACGAAGACAAGCAGAUCAUCACCGACGACGAGAUCAUCAGCCUCUCUAUCGAGUACCACCAUGCAGCCGCCAGCCACGCCGCUCCCAACAGCGAGGAAUUCAAGAUCAACGGCAAGGACUGCGCUAAGCGCUACCUGCAGUGCCCAGCUGCCAUGGCGGUGAUGCACCUGCGGAAAUUCCUGAGAAACAAAAUGGACGUCCCCAGCAACUACCAGGUGGACGUCAUGUACGAGGACGAGAGUCUGAAGGACUACUACACGCUCAUGGACAUCGCGUACAUCUACGCGUGGAGACGGGACGGGCCCCUGCCCCUGCGCUACCGCGUGUUCCCCGUGUGCGUGGGCAUGCGGCGCGGGCAGCAGGAGGCGGCGCUGGAGGCACAGCUCAAGAGUCAGGCCCUGCGCGAGAGGAGACGCGGCCCCCCUCCUCUUCCUCCCCCACCUCCCCCCCGCGACCUCCCCCGCGGGGCCGGCCCCGGCGGCCCCCUCCAACCGCAGCCCAACCCCGGCCUGCGCCGAGCGGCCCUCGCCGCCCUCGCAGCCAAAUGGCCUCACCAACGGUUCCUCCUCCUCUACCCCCACCAGCACCGCCACCAGCACCGCCACCCGCACCGCCCCCAGCACCACCACCCGCACCGCCCCCAGCACCACCACCCGCACCGCCCCCAGCACCACCACCCGCACCGCCCCCAGCACCACCACCCGCACCGCCACCAGCACCGCCACCCGCACCGCCCCCAGCACCGCCACCCGCACCGCCACCAGCACCGCCACCCGCACCGCCACCAGCACCGCCACCCGCACCGCCAUCGGCACAGUGGCGGUGGCAGCGGCAGCGGCGGCGGCGGCGGGCCCCGUCCAUCCGACCGCCAAGAGCAACGGCAAAAGCAACGGCCUCAAGCGCCCGCGCCCGGGGGGUCAUGGCGAGCGGCCCGGCCACGUGCCUCCACGAGCGUCGCCCGCCGCCGCCUCCUCCUCCUCUUGCUACUAUGACAGGGCCGCUGCGUCGAGGCCUGUCGUAGGCCCCGGCAGGGCCGCGUCGUCGGCCCCCGGCGUGCGGGCUGGAGCGGCGGCCCAGCCGUUGGCUCUGACGACGCGGCUGCUUUCUCCUCCUCCUCCGUCGUCGCCGCCGU